AACCCGACGGCGGCCGACCGCUGCGCACGGGAUACACCAAAAACAUUUACUAUUAUCCACAAUUAUGUAACAAUUAUUAUCCAGUGAAAAACAUUUUUUAUUAAUGUUUAAAAUGUUCCCUAAGAUCGGUGCUUCUGUCCACGCAAAACUCGCGCGGUCCCGCGGACACUACGGAUGAUGUUUAACGUAUAUUGAUUUUCCGUCAGCGAAACAUUUUGUGCGGAAUCUAGUGUUAUUAUUAGAUCUGUGCUAAUAUUAAUAAGUGUUGACUAUAUUUUUUUUACCAAAGUAUAAAUUCGAGGCAUGAAAAUCCUUUUUACACAAUCAAAAUAUUGACGUAUAACAGUGUGAAAAUGUUCGACCGUCCGUAUUUACUGAAGUAGCCGUAAGAUGGGGUUGGGCUGAUGAUGAGCAGCCAGGCCUGAGGAUGGAGGGCAGCAGCGCGGCCCCCGAGGCCUACCAGUAUGUCGGCCCCUACCGACUGGAGAAGACGCUUGGGAAGGGACAAACUGGUCUGGUGAAGCUGGGGGUGCACUGCGUGACGGGCAAGAAGGUGGCCAUCAAGAUCAUCAACCGGGAGAAACUCAGCGAGUCCGUGCUCAUGAAGGUGGAAAGGGAGAUAGCGAUAAUGAAGCUGAUAGAACACCCGCACGUGCUCGGUCUGUCUGACGUCUACGAGAAUAAGAAAUAUUUGUACCUAGUGUUAGAGCACGUGAGCGGUGGCGAGCUGUUCGACUACCUGGUGAAGAAGGGCCGCCUCACGCCCAAGGAGGCGCGGAGGUUCUUCCGACAGAUCAUAUCCGCGCUGGACUUCUGUCAUAGCCAUUCUAUUUGCCACCGUGACUUGAAGCCGGAGAAUCUGCUACUGGAUGAGAGGAACAACAUCAAGAUAGCGGACUUCGGCAUGGCGUCGCUGCAGCCGGCCGGCUCGCUGCUGGAGACGUCUUGCGGCAGCCCGCACUACGCCUGCCCUGAAGUUAUAAGAGGUGAAAAGUAUGAUGGAAGACGAGCAGACGUAUGGUCCUGUGGUGUUAUUCUUUAUGCGCUGCUGGUUGGUGCUCUUCCUUUCGACGACGAUAACUUGAGACAGCUUCUUGAAAAGGUAAAGCGUGGUGUGUUCCAUGUGCCACAUUUUGUGCCACCAGACUGUCAGCAGCUUCUGCGGGGGAUGAUUGAAGUUAAUCCAGAGAAAAGGAUGUCUCUGGCGGAAAUAACCCGACAUCCGUGGGUGACGGCGGGUGGACGUGGUGAGUUGGAGCAGGAGCUGCCCAUGAUGGAAGUUGUGCAGACGAGGGUGCUGCCGUCUGCUGAGGCCAUUGACCCCGAUGUGCUCCAGGCCAUAUGCAGUCUCGGCUGCUUCAAGCAUCGAGAGAAGCUUAUACAGGAUUUGCUUAGUCCACACCACAACACGGAGAAGGUGAUCUACUUCCUACUGCUGGAGCGCAAGCGGCGGCGGCCGGCGCGGGACGACGAGCCGCGCCCGCCCGCCGCCGCCGCGCCGCCUGACCCGCCGCGCAAACGGCUCGAUACUUGUCGGGUAAACGGUCAGUCCACACAUUUCGGCCAAAUAAGCGAGGGGUCUCCAAUCACCCCGCGCCGAUCACAAUUCAGGUACGAUAGAGUCAGGUCGUCUUCCAGCCGUCGCGAGGGACGCAGCUCUCCACAACUAUCUGCAAGCCCGCCUGGUCACACUCCACACCGGGUAUCCUCGCUGGGCGGCACUCCAGUCACACCAGGGUCUCCGCUCGCGUCGCCGUCUAUGAGGGAGCAUCAUCACCAGCGGGCUAACUCUACUGGGCCCACGAUCAGCCUCAACAUAAGCGGCGAGCCGGGCGAGGCGGUGAUCAUCAUCAACGAGUCGCCGAUGGUGGGGGCCGUCGCCGUGCGCCCGCACAGCCCCUCGCACUCGCACAGAAGUCGGGAGCGGUCGUCCCUGCCCGGGCCGGCGGCGAGCGGCCCCGCCCCCGCCCCGUUGUUCCCGGGACUCGCCGUGCCCGCGACUCCGGGAGCUGGUGGGUCGGCGACUGGUCCGGCGGCGCCGUGGCGCGCGCGGCUCGCCACCAUCAAGAACUCCUUCCUCGGCUCACCGCGCUUCCACAGGCGGAAAAUGCAGACGUCAUCAGAAGAGGUCCACCUGACGCCCGAGUCGUCACCGGAGCUGACGAAGCGGUCGUGGUUCGGCUCGCUGCUGCUCUCUGCGGACAAGGAGGAGACCUUCACGGCGCUGGUGAAGGGCAAACCGCUCGCCACCGUCAAAGCGGACCUCAUACACGCCUUCCUUAGUAUAGCGGAAUUGUCUCACAGCGUGCUCAGUCCGAUGUCGUUCCGCGUGGAGUACAAGCGCGGCUCCAACGCGCCCGCCAUGUUCCAGCGACACGUGCGGUUCCAGGUACUGUGCCGCACAUUCACUACUCACUACCGGUCACAGAUAGCGGAGUUGUCUCACAGCGUGCUCAGUCCGAUGUCGUUCCGCGUGGAGUACAAGCGCGGCUCCAACGCGCCCGCCAUGUUCCAGCGACACGUGCGGUUCCAGGUACUGUGCCGCACAUUCACUACUCACUACCGGUCACAGAUAGCGGAGUUGUCUCACAGCGUGCUCAGUCCGAUGUCGUUCCGCGUGGAGUACAAGCGCGGCUCCAACGCGCCCGCCAUGUUCCAGCGACACGUGCGGUUCCAGGUACUGUGCCGCACAUUCACUACUCACUACCGGUCACAGAUAGCGGAGUUGUCUCACAGCGUGCUCAGUCCGAUGUCGUUCCGCGUGGAGUACAAGCGCGGCUCCAACGCGCCCGCCAUGUUCCAGCGACACGUGCGGUUCCAGGUACUGUGCCGCACAUUCACUACUCACUACCGGUCACAGAUAGCGGAGUUGUCUCACAGCGUGCUCAGUCCGAUGUCGUUCCGCGUGGAGUACAAGCGCGGCUCCAACGCGCCCGCCAUGUUCCAGCGACACGUGCGGUUCCAGGUGGAUAUAUCGACGAUAACUAAGGCGCCGGGCGAGAACGGCAAAGAGUAUCUGUACGCCAUCACUUUUACACUGCUGUCGGGCAACAUCCGUCGUUUCCGUCGCGUGUGCGAGGUGGUGCAGGCGGCGGUGUGUCGCGCGCCGGGCGCCGGUCGAGCGCCGGCGUUACACCCGCCAUCGCCGCGCGCGCAACGACGAACUAUACACCCGCACGCGGCGGGUGAAAUUCCGGACAGUCCGGAGACACCGCAGCAGCAGUCGGACCACGACAGCGACUCGUCCGUGUUCGAUGCCGUCAAGAGCCCCACCAGCCACACCUCCAUCGACCAGCUUGACCAGCAGAACGGGACCCACCCACUAGGAUCCAGUUCGUCAGUGACUAGCGGUUCCAGUGGAUAUAAACAAAGUGGUCGCGGCAGACGCGCCGCGGAACCCGCCUCCGCCUCACUCGACCACGAGAUUAUGAGCUGCGGCAGGGACGUUACCGGCACGCAUACCAAGCGAUCUUCAUCCGAAUGUAGAGAGAGCAGCUCGUCGCCCCGUCGUGGGCUGGAGUCGCGCGUCGAGUCGCGCGACAACUCGCUCAAGGACACGCUGCGACGGAACAGCUCGCUGCGCGACCGCCGCGAGCGCGACUUCCGGGAACGCGACGCCCCGCCCACGACCUCCAUCGCGUGAGACCGCCAUCUUGAAAACGUGUUAAAGGUUAUCUUCUAUCUCAUUUAACGUACCUUCUCACUCAUACGCAGUAGUGACGCCUUCGAGUAUACAUACUGGUAGUCUAUUUUCAGGGGAUUAAAGUGGCGCCUGUGGGAUGAAUAUUGUUACCUAAUGUAGAUGGCGCCACCGAUACAAGUGGUAACAUAAAGUAAUAACUUUUUAUUGAGUAGAGACAAAGGGUAGGUAUACAGCUUUCUUUAUAGCUGAUUAAUGUCGAACAAACACUGGUAUAAGAAUGAAAUAAACAAAAUAUACAAAACGGAGGUGUCAACAAUAAUUAAUCUUUAGUGUCAAUAGUUGAAUGUAGAAUUUACAUGAAUUCCGAUUAUGAAGAGUCGUAAAAUACUUCUGCAAUCCGUUAUUUAAAACAAAAUAUCGUUUGGGGACUAUAAAUAUUAUGAAUUAUUUGUAGGAAAUCACAAUUAUUAACAAACAUUUAUACAGUAGUCUAAUACUCACAGCUAUUAAAAUGUAACAAGACUAAAUAUUAUAUAAAUGUACAUUAAAUACACAUACAUAUUUUAAACGAAAUUUUUACUAAAAUAUAAAAUAUCAUAAAAUAUAUGAAGUUACAAAAACUGCCUCUAUUCGUCCUAGCUGCUCCCUGUGCCCACGAACAUUAAAAAAACCUUUAACGCGAAUUCAAAGAAGCGAUAGGCUAGAUAAUGUUUUUAUAAAUAUAUAACUAUAUCAGUAGGCUUAUGUGUGUUUGAUUAAAACAUAAAGAAACCGGCCAUAUAUUUUAAAAUGUAAAAGCUAUCCAUGUACUGAACUAUGCUACGUUUUAUUAAGCGCUGAAAAAUGUACUCCUGUAUUUUUGCAAAAGAAUCAAAUUAUAUAUUACCUUUAACCUACUGCCGUUAAGAUAGAUCGCUUAAUGUAUAGGCUGUACAGUGCACCUUAGCUAUUACAAUGGUCCAUUGUGCUUACUUAAUACCUACACGAUCCUAGACGAAAACGUCGUGCUGUGCGAUUAAAAAAAAGCAAGUGGCGCCAUCUUGUUCUCUCAACUGUGAACUGACAUGUGGCAAAAUGGAAUGUAUCCAAACAUGAGACAGUAUUUCGAAAAAAAUAAUUUAAUUUAAAUGGUGUUUAGCUUUAAUUUAAUCGCACAGAACGGCAACUUAGAGAAAAUUUAGUAGCGCGGCCCGCGCGUGUACAAAUGUAGCCAAACGUUAUUGUAUGUUACAUGUAUAUUAUGUGGAUAUAUCUCAGUCGGACGACUCUGUUCACACAAUACAACUUAUAGAUAUUUACCAAAUGACUUUCAACUUCAUUUAAUCUAGAGUUCUUGUCAUUAGAAUACUUUAGUUAUCUAAUCUAAUGGCCGAAUUCGUAAUUUAAAGUUAGGGGCCUUCAAAUAGGCUGUCUCACUCAGGACAAGGACAGCAAUUUGCGAAUUUCCUGGCUUUAAGAAGCGUAUUCGGUCGGCCAUAACUAAUAAUAACUUUUAUGGACAGCUUAUUUUGUCAGUAAAUUUGGAACAGAUUAUUAAGCCAUGUUGCUAGCUUGUUAUUUUUAACUUUUUCUUGAAAGCGGUGGCAACUUAGCUAAAGCUAUGUCUUAUAAAAGUUAUUCUCUAUUAGUUCGAUGGCAUAAGUCAUACUCGUAUGACGAAAAUGGUGCAUAUUAGGAAAGUCAUUCUAGUAUGUUCAACGUUCAUACUGUACAAUAUCGCACUAUAUGACAACUAGUAUCAACAUAGAGACGCUGUAGAAGUGUCCACGGAUAACAAAAUAUUUAGAAAUUCGCUUCGAGAAGACUAAGGAUUGGGCGAAUUAAAUACGAAAACUGGCUCAUAAGCUUUUCCUUUUGAUGACGUCAUACUUGUUUUUUUUUUCGAAUUUAAUCCGUCCUAUCCAAAAUAAUCCAAAGUCCAGUGUGAUGCAAUUUUGAGGUUAUGUGAGUGUAGGUUAUCGUUUGAGUUAACGCAACUUGGAAUGUAAUACGACGUUCGUGCAGAUGUAUGUUUACAUAUUCGAAAGUAUUUUUGUGGUGAAGAUAUUAUGUUAUAUUGCAUGUUGCAGUAUCCGAGAGGGGUCCCGUGUAAAUAUAUAUAGCGAAAAUUGUAUGUACGUUUAGUUAUACGAGUGAAUGGAACGCGCACAUUAUGGUUUUAAAUGCUAUUUUUAAUAUUACGAAUUUAUUUUGCUAUACCAGGGGUAUGUUUACGCUUUGCUGCAAAAUGUUUAAAAAGAUGGCCUCCUCAUUUUGCUUUUCUAGAUUAUUCGUGGCGUAGUUCACAUCGCAGGUCAAAUGUAGUACUUGAACUGUUGACCUCAAUAAAACUUUUAUUGUCUUAGACACGAUAUUAUUUUCAACAUGUCUUGUUAUUUUACGAUCUUGAAGCAUAAGCAUACCCCUCCAAUAUUGUUAUAAUAUUAUACAUUAGUUAAUUCAUAACGUUACUUUUGUUGGUUCACGUUACGUUACUAAAUAUAGUUGAAUCGCUGACCUGAUCGCCACAUAUCAUUAUUUCGUCAUAAAAUAUUUUAAAAUCCUCGACAAAUCGCAAAGUGGAAAGAUGGUGACUGAUUUCUUUUAUAAUAUACGUAAUGGUUUUUUUGUAUAAACGUUUCCCAUGUACCAUCGGUAAUAUAAUUUGUAUAGAACGCCUUUAUUAUAAUAGGAUAAUCAUUAAUCAUAUUGUUAAUUUAUGGAGAGUGUAAUUUUGUACUCGAGUAUUGUUAAGGAGGGCAUUGAGUUUUCCUCUCUGCGGCUGGCGAUGGAAUGUCGUUUACAUUUUGUUUUGUAUGCAUUUGUUACCAUUCUACCCGAAUAUAAAUAAUUUAAAAUUUAAAUUGUAAAACGUAAGGGCUUAAAAUAACUUUGUAUUUACAUAUGCUAUGACGUUUUCUGUUAUUAUUCCACUUUUUACAGCCCUAAAGUUCAAAGUCGUAUGUUAAUCAAAUAAUUGUUUGUCCAUAUUUUAAUAUUUAUUUUUAAAAAUUACUGCUAUCAUUCAAUGAUAAAAAUAUCUUGUGAUCACUCGAGACAUCGCCAGCCGCAUUUUUCAGUAUAUAUUUUAAUGUGUUCGUGGAAACUAAUUUGUAACAUAAUAAUAUCGCUAUCUUCCUCCGCCGGCGCCGGUGCGCGCGAUUCGCGGCGCCCUGCCGCUAGAGGCGCUAGUGUCACACGAGUUUCAAUAACUGGCCGCUAGGAGCGCUAGUGUCGUUAAUGUUGUGGCAAAACUCCGCUAGGGGCGCAGUUGCCCUAGUGCGGAACAAAAAAGUGCCAGUGUUAGGCUAGUUUCAAUCAGAAUCCGCUAGAGGCGUCAGUGUCAUUUUAGUGCGGUAAUUAUCUGCUAGAGGCGCCAGUGUCGAGUUAGUGCGGUAACUAUCUGGUAGAAGCGCCAGUGUCGAUUUAGUGCGGUCUUUUUCCACUAGGGGCGCCGCAGUCGCGUGUAAUCGGCGUCGGCUCGGCUGUACAUUGUAUGGAUCUGCGCUAUGCUCUACUGUAACUGCUUAAGACGUCAUUGGUUAACUGAAAAAAAAUAAAAAAAUAAAAAUUUU